AUGCGCCGACUUACACGCUGCCUCGCAGCCCUCGUCUGUCUCGUGCCGCUGGCCACCCUCGCCGAGCAGGUCGCCAACUUUGACGUCUCACAAGCGACCGCCGAGUCACACGACUGCGGCUCCGCAUGCCGGGCUCGCCUCGCACUUACCAUUCCCGCCGACCGGGAUGCCGUCGGGCGCGACUUUGACGUCAAUUUCUACGCCACCGCGGCCAACUUUUCCCGCGCCUCGUCGCAACCCGGUGACGUGCUCAAGCUGGAGCCCGUGGACCCCAAGACGCUCACGCUUGACGGCGGCGCGACCACAUACCGCUUCCAGUACGUGUCCGUUGAUGCCGACGGCAGCGUCGUCCCCGUGACGGGCUUCAUCGCCUUUCCGUUCACGCCGCACAUUCCGGCCGACGGCGGCGACGGCAGAGCGCCACUGAAAUACAGGCUGGCGGCGUUUGCGCACGGCACGGUGGGCAUAUUCCGCGGGUGCGCGCCGUCCAACGGCGCCGCGCUCUACGACUACAGCUCCUGGCAGCCGGCGCUGCGGCGCGGCUACGCCGUCGUGGCAACCGACUACGCGGGACUCGGCAACAACUACACGGACCACAAGUACCUCUUCCUGCCGGCGCACGCGAGCGACGUGCACUAUGCCGUCGUGGCGGCGCGCCGUCUCUUUGGCGCGCGGCUGACGGACGAGUGGGUGAGCUUUGGGCACUCGCAGGGCGGCGGCGCCGCGUGGAAGCUCGCCGAGAGCGUGUACGUGCGCAACGACACGGGAUACCUGGGCACCGUGGCCAUAGCACCGGCGACGUACGCGGCGGACCAAAUCUACGCAGCGGCCGUCGACGGCCUGAGCGGUGGCGGCGGCGGCAACAGCAGCAGCAGCAACAGCAGCAGGAAGGGUGGCGCGGGCGUGGGCUUCCUCCCGCUGAUCCCGACGGCCGUGCAGCGCGUCAUCCCGUCGUACAACGAGAGCAUCCUAUCGCCGACGCUGCGGUCGCGCGUGGCCAUGGCCGAGGAGGCGCAGCUGUGCCUCGAGGGCGUGCUCGGGCUCACGCUCGACCUGGGCCUGGCCGACGUGGUGUCGGUAGCGGGCGCGCUGCGCGACCGGCCGACGCUGCGGCGGUGGCAGGACAUGGCGGCGCCGGCGCAGGGCGACGUCUCGCCAGCGCCGAUAUUGGUGGUGCAGGGGCAGAAUGACACGGCGGUGCGGUGGCAGACGACGGAGGAGGCGUGGGCGCGCGCGUGCGCGUGCGCGGCGGGCAACGAGGUGCAUCUGCGGCUGUUCCCGACGCAGGGCCACCGGCCGAGCUUGGCGGCGGGCGCGCCGGAGUGGCUGGCCUGGAUGGACGGGCUGUUUGAUGAGCAGAGGAUGAAGGCGGCGGGAGGAGGAGGAGGGGCGUGCAGGGUGAGGGAAAAGAAAAAGUGUACAAGGUAUGUGCGGGAGCCGUUUGAUGGAGAGUAUGUGAGGGCGCCGACGGAUGUGGAUUUAAAGCCAUAUCUGGGACCUCUGAACCAGACCAUGUAG